CGGCGGCGGGAGGAAGUCCCGUCCGGUUUGAAAGCGCCCGGGGGAGCGGCUGCCGCUCCUUGCCCGCUGCCCGCGCCGCCAUGGCCGCCUUCGCCACGGACCCGCCGGCCGCAGGAGCCGAGCCAAUGACUCUUGGCUCCCCCACAUCCCCAAAACCAGGCGCUAGCGCUCAGUUUCUUCCUGGGUUCCUGAUGGGCGAUUUACCUGCGCCGGUGACGCCGCAGCCACGGGCUUUAAGUGGCCCUUCGGUUGGUGUCGUGGAAAUGAGGUCUCCACUACUUGCAGGAGGAUCUCCCCCACAACCAGUAGUCCCUACACAUAAAGAUAAAAGUGGGGCUCCACCGGUUAGAAGCAUAUAUGAUGAAUUAUCUAGUCCUGGCCUCGGAUCAACACCUCUAACCUCAAGAAGACCAGCCAGCUUUUCUUUAACACAGAGCCCACUGGUUGGAACUAUGCCAUCAACUCCUGGAACAGCUUCAGCUAUGUUCAGUCCUGCAAGUAUUGGGCAGCCUAGGAAGACUACUCUAUCUCCUGCUCAGCUAGAUCCUUUUUAUACUCAGGGUGAGUCCCUGACUUCAGAAGAUCAACUUGAUGACACAUGGGUAACUGUGUUUGGAUUUCCUCAAGCAUCAGCUUCGUAUAUUCUUCUACAGUUUGCUCAGUAUGGAAACAUAUUAAAGCAUGUGAUGUCCAACACAGGAAACUGGAUGCAUAUUCGGUAUCAGUCGAAGCUUCAAGCCCGGAAAGCCUUAAGCAAAGAUGGAAGAAUUUUUGGUGAAUCUAUCAUGAUUGGUGUCAAGCCAUGUAUUGAUAAAAGUGUCAUGGAAAACUUUGAAAGAAGCUCUACAUCCUCAAUGUCUUCAGUUUUCACUCCACCUACAAAGUCUGUCAGCACACCAGUACAACCUGCAAAUAAUACCACAAGGAUUUCUACAAUGAGACCACUUGCAACAGCGUAUAAAGCUUCCAGUAGUGACUAUCAGGUUGUUUCUGACAGACAGACUCCUAGGAAAGAUGAAAGUAUUGUAUCUAAAGCAAUGGAAUAUGUGUUUGGCUGGUAAUAUACAAGAGGAAGUAACACACUAAGUUGGUCAGGGUCUGAAAUAUGCUACUGGCAUCUGUGGUUAGUUGUAUAACUGCUGGUGACAGCGUUUUAACUUCCAUCUCACCUGUUAUGCCUUCAGUCAAUUCAGCAGACAUGUAGCUUGCACUUUAAAUGAUGACAAUGUACACACGGUUUUAAAAACUGAGUAAGUGUAAAUAUAAGUGCUUUUUUCCCCCAUUUGUGCUCUGAUUGCAUGUUUGUAUAAAAAAUACCAGUACUGACUUGUCCUCUGUAAUUACUUUCUGUGAAUUACUUCCCUGUAAGUUGGAGGUGUUUUAAAUGGCAGCUUUAUUUGCUGAUGUUUUAAUUUUGUUUGUUGUUGUUGUUUUCUGGGAAGAUGAUAGGCUACUUGCAGGAAGAACACUAUGCACAGCUGGCUCCCAGGGACAGGGACUAUACUUAGAAUAUGGGAUUCUAAUGUUUUUAUUAGGAUUCAUUGCUGUUCUGUAAUUAACCUCUGGUAUCAUGUUCUGAAGGUCGUAGCAAUCUCUUAACUCUUGGUUUUAUAAAUAAAGCUAAGUAAAGUUUUUCUUA